UGAGAGCAAGCAAAUGCUAUGGCUUGAAGUGUUUCAGUUUAGGUCUCAGCUGAAGUUGUAUUUAUAUUUACAAGUUUAGUUUUUGUUUUUAUUUUAGGACCAUCAAUAUCAAUCGUUUAUCAGACAUUAUGUUGUUCUAUUAUAAAUUUUCUUGUUGAUAUUUAAUUUAUCAUGCUUAUUAUUUAUAACUUUUAUGAAUGGUUUUUGUGACGGAACGCACUUUCAGUGAAUCAAAGAAAAUGUCAGCCCAGUCUGAUAGCUUAGAAAUUGUUCAUGAAGGUUGGUUGACAAAAUCGCCUCCUACGAAGAGCAUCUGGAGAGCAAGAUGGCGCAAGAGGUGGUUCGUACUGCGCCACUCGGGGGAGUUGCCUGGACAGUACUUCUUGUGCUACUACACAGACAAGAACUGCCGGAAACUCAAGGGGAGGAUAGACCUCGACCAGUGCGAACAGGUGGAUGCUGGGCUCAGGUUUGAGAACCACAAACAGAAGUACCAACACAUGUUUGACGUGAAGACGCCCAAGAGGACUUACUAUCUGGCUGCGGAAACGGAGGAAGAGAUGAAUAAGUGGGUGGAUUGUGUGUGUCAAGUGUGUGGACUCAAAGCUUACUCUCAGUACGAGGUGACACCCUUCGGUAGCGAGGAGACACCCUCACUGGUGGGGGGAGAGGAGAGUCCGCCUGUGUCACCAGCGUCUACAGCCUCAGGACCAUACAUACCCAUCUCUGAGUGUAUCUCAGGGCCUCCUCUCUCUAGCCCUGACAGUAUCAGUAACUUCCUAAUUCUGCAGCGACGUAGUGAAACCUACGAUGCGCGACGCAGUGAAACCUACGACGCACCACGCAAGCUCCAGCCCCCACAGUUGGAGCUGCGGGGCUCAGGUUCGACAACACCUCCGCUGCAAAGCCCCGCCACCGAUGGAGAGAGUGUGUUUACUGACGGAGAGGAAUGGCCACAUCCACACCCCAAGAAACCCCCUGUAAACUGGGAGACCUUCCCUAGGCCUUCUGACAGCUCGGCAGACGGAGACACACCUAAGCCCAGUAGCAUGGUGACGGUCGGCAAACGUUUCACCCGCAACCUAGAGGACGCUGAGAUUCCCAUUGCCCCUCCUCGGCCUCCCAAACCUUCCCAUCUCAACAACAGCCAUAGCUACAGCAACAUAGAAGACUUGUCUGUGUCGCCGUCAGCGUCGGGCGUGACUGACGAGACUUACGACUUCCCUCGGUCACACCAAAUCAACGGAGGCGACUCCUACACCAACGCUGCCCCCGGCAAAGUUAAUGGGGACGUGUUCAGAUACGACUUUGCUGCAACGGCGCGACUGUCCGAGACGAAUGGAGAACCAACCUCUCCUCCCCACUCUGACUCAUCGUCCGUGGUGUUGUAUUCCAAUCUGCCGUCCCCGGCGCCGCCUGUGGUCAACAGAGGACUCAAGCCUCGGCGCAGGGACUCGACGUCCAACGAACCGUCUCCCCUGGCGCCACCAGUGCAACCUCCCACUAUCAACCGCAAACUGAAACCUGUACCUGCGCGGCGGAGGAUUGAUGACGAAUGUGAUGGCAAUGUAUUGAAGCUGUGUCCUCCGCCACUGGGACGACUGGUCGACGGCAGUCAGAGUCUACGCCGUCCCCGCGCAGCCCCCAGCCCCACCCCUAACAAACCUCAUCGGCGCAACUCUGACACCUUCAAUGACCAGGUUUACUACUUUGAGCCGUACUACGGGCUGUCGCGCAAGAUGGAGAUACAAUACUUGGACUUGGCUCUGGACUCUAACUCUUCCGGAGCUCUUCCUGCCACACCGUCCGGGUCUCCUUCCACUCCUACGGGAGCUCCGCCCACCCCCAUCAUCUACAAGAAGGUCGACUUCCUCAAGACGUUAGCCUUCAACAGCACCAGGGUGGAGCGGGAGCAAGAACGAAUGAGCAAGCCGAUCCACUGACACUGUUUUGGUUUUUACAUGUUGCUACUGUGUCUCCAAAAUUCCCAGGAGUUGAGUCAAUAUUUGGUGUAAUUUUGGAAAAUAGCAAAAAAGUUGUGUAUUUUUUUAGUAUGUAAGGUUCUAGAUUUCAAGCUUUUUUGUUAGGAUAAUAGGCUUACCUGAAUGGGAAGGAUUCUUAGCACAAGAUUAAAUACAAACCACUUUACAAUAUAUUUAACCUCAAAAAUAUGAAGUGUGUAAAAUGUUUACUCUAACCUUUUAAAUGUGUAGGUUAUUCGACACAAUCACUUUCAAAUUUUUUACAUUGACAACAUGGACAAUUUUUACUCAUUUUGGUAUGUUAGUUACUUUGGCAUGUAGAAUAUGGUCUGCAUAGCAUGCUAAGCAUUUUUGUGACACCUUGUAGUCACCCCAAACAGAUUUCACCGUUAGUGGCAAUGAAAUUUUCAAAUUUUUGAGUAAAUGUAAAUUAGUUUAUGUUUCUUUUGCUAAUGUUGAUUCUUUCCCAUUCAGAUAAAUUUAUUAUCAUUAUCAUAACAUACAUCCUUUUCAGAAUUUAAAGGUCCACAGAACUAAUCCCUUUAAUUAUUUAAACUAAAAAUAUUUUGCUUUCCUGUUAACAAGGAUGGCUAUAAAGUUUCCGAAACAUAGUUUUAACCUAUAAUAGAGGCCUUACUGUAUUUUCCUUCUUUAGUAAUCUCUCAUUUUAUAUUACUGUGACGUCUUAUGAUAUUUACCUUCAUUAUCAGUCAAAAAUUCAAUCCUAUCUUAUACAUUUGGUUUUGAUCUUCAAAAAACAUAUAUUUUGCAUUAUUUUUCAUCAAAAAAUCAUUUGAUUAAUAUUGUUCUUUCUACUUUGGAUCGGUUAUGCAAUUUAUCUUUUAUUUGUCGGUUGUUCCAUUUUGAUUAUUUUGAAAUCGACUACGAAAAAACAAAAUGGAAUUUCUUCAGACUGAAAUCGAAACAAUAUUUUUACAAUAAGAUUACUGAUAUUAAAUAAAUCAAGGGUGAUAAAUUCUACAAAUCCAUUCAUAGGUCCAAUACUUGUACCUACUUGUGCCUAUACAAAUAGUAUUGUAAAUGUGUGGUAGGUAAUAUUACACAAGAAUAUGUCAACAACAAAGCUCGAUCAAAAUCAGGAUUCCACACUACAUACUGCAGUUUUUAACAACAAUAUUAUUUAUUGUUUGUUUAUAUCAUAUCCUUUUUUUAAUGGCAACACAAAAAAAUAUCCAGAUACUGCAUUUCUUUUUAGAAUUUUAAGUAUAAUGACAAUUUAACUUGUACAAAUGUUUUUGAAUAAGCUUUUUAAGUGUCCAAACAGUUUUAUACUUAUUUGACUUCAAUUAUUUUAAAACGUACAAUUAACCUAUGUGUGAACAUAUUACAAUGAUAUUACUCAAAUAUUUUGAAAAAGACUUUGUCUUUACACCAUUUAUCGUUCAUUAGUGUCAUAAUGUAUAUAUUUGUAUUUGUAUGUUUGUUCUAACAUAGAUAUCGCUAUACUAAUGUGUUAUAUAUGUAUUAUUGUAAAUAUCGCCUAAUUGUUUAUGUUUUUGUUUUAAGCGACUGUGUCAUUUUAUAGAUUUUUAACUCUUUUUACUCAAAACGAUUUUAUAUUUUUAAAUAAAAUUGUAUUUUAACAAUGAUAUUAGCAUAUUAUUAUCUUAGAGCUAUUUAAACGUUUUGUAUUGCAAAAGUGCCUUAGGAUUUUAAUGUUGAACUCGUAAAAUGUUGAAUUUUGAGAAUGUUAAAUUAAUUUAUCAAGGGGUGAUUCGGCCACAAGCAUUUAUAUAUUGUUUUAUUAAGGUUAAAACUAGUGAUGUGUCAGUACCAUAAAUAAAAUCUUGAUACCACCGGUUAACUUGGUAAAAAGUACCUCCAGCGAAAACCAACAUUAAAGCACCAUUUCACAUUCACAAGCUUAUCUAGAAUUUCUUUACAUUUCACAAACUUCUCCGUCAUCAAAACUUUUGUAAAAUUCCCAAUAUCUUGAGUCUUGGUCAGCUAUACAUUAUACAACUCUGGUUAACAUGUUAUUUUAAUUUACAAUUAGAAACUGUAACACUUGCAAAUAACCUGGUCUUCAAGUCAAAAGGUUUUUCAUUUGACAGGGUUUUGGAUUUUUGUAUAAAACAUGAAUGUUCAAUUACUCAACUCCCAUUUCUUAAAUUGAAAUAACAAACACAUCUAUGAAUCACUUAACUCCGCUAUGUAGUAUGUAACCUAAGUAUUUUUACAAUAUAAAUAUUUCAGAAAAAAAUUCACAAGUUUCAAUGUACUUGAAGGAAUUAGUAGCCUACUAUUUAGUUAAUGAUGGUAACGGUACUGAGAACCAAGAAAUUAUUUUGGCCAGGAUUUGGUUCUUGUAUCGACUUUGUAAAAGCUGUAUUGACACAUUACUAGUUACAACCCAGCAUUAGUAAUAGUUUUGUGAUAUGAAUAUUUUAACACUGGGGUGCAGGUCUGACUUUGUCUAGACACCCGAACUCUAGACACCGGGGAUCUAGACACCCUCUAGUCACCACCAUGUGCCUUCACCUCAGACGAUCUCGCAACUGGUUGCUUGCUUGUAACCACAUUACCGUAGUCUUAUAGCAGUCUUUCAGAAUACUAUGUUUUCUAAAGAUGUAAUAAUAAAUAUUUGAUAUGUUUAUUGCCAAAUAAUGUUUAUAGAAGUGUUGCUAAAUAAAUUAUAUAUUGUGUUUA